UCACUCACUCACUCACUCACUCACUCACUCGGAUGCUCGACUGCUCGCUCACUCACACUCUCGUUCACCUGCUUCACCUGUGUAUUUCAGCACACAUUCAAAUGUGCGACAAAUGCACAUGUGCACACACACACACAUAGAGGUAUCCAUUUACAUGCACCAGUGUGCACACUUUCAGACACACACGCACACAUAGACACACACACAUUCACACACGCAUACACACUCAAAAACGGGGAACUGAGAGCUUGAAGGAUUGGCAAGUGUGUGGUGUGCAUUCUCGUUCAUCUUUUUUUUCCCACUUGUGGAGGUUUUUUUUACACACCCACUUUUUAUAUUUAAACACACACAUACACUCAUACACUAGUGCUGUCUAUCACACACACACACACCUACCACAAUGUGCUUCUCUUCCGUUCUUGUGCUGCUUUCUGUCUUUGGUUCCGCACGCUGCGUGCAAUACAAGGCCGAUUUCAACAUGGCUGGGGUCAUGGGAUCGGUGCAGUUCGACUCGGCGUUGGGGAACGUGAGCGCCAACCUCACCGGCACCGGCUCAUCGUGCAGCUCUCUCAAUCUCUCCCUGUCCACGUUCCCAGUCAUGUACGGCAGCUUCCGGCAACCUUGUCUGGAGGCCCACAUCGGUGUCAGCAUCUUCAAGUUCUCCCUCGCCUCUCCCAUGUCAACCAUCAGUGUACCAGAACUGUUUUCUCAAAUGCCAGACCUCGACACUCUGUCCUUGACAGUGACGACGUGUGGCGGUGCUACGUCGUGUACCGUCGUCAGAAGACAUGGACAGACGGUGCGGACCUGGCAGGCUAAGUUCUUCUCACCUGUGGCGGGCGAUAUGUACUUUCGGCAAACCACAGGUGUCGAAGGAGCAACUAUGCUAGCAGACUUGUACUAUGUACAUAAGAGUGCUGCUGCUAUCGCAAAUGUAAGUGUGCUAACAUCGGCUAGUUCUGCAGCUAGUUGCAAAGCUCUGCUUAGCAGCAGCAGCAGCUCCGCAAGCCUGGCCGAUCAGACCUCGCUCGGAAGCCUAAACAUCGGCUCUCCCGUCACGCCUGUCAAAUCCCGCCUUCACAUCUCGAGUUUCGACGGCAGCUCAACUCGCUACGUUCUCCUCCACAUGAGUGCCUCCAACAGUUUCGAAUGUGCGCGCCUUCGCGUCCUGGAGGAAAAAGUCGUCAAGUCACAAGUGGACAUGAGAGGGAUCAAGGGUUACUUCCUGUUCAGGCAGUCCUCGCCAUUUCACACCACCGUGCUCCAACUCAACUUGACAAACCUGAGAGGCCUGGUGGGACCCUACCACGUUCAUCACUUCCCUCUGCCCGACCCGAUGUCACCGUCCCAAAGCAGGUGCUCGAGCAGCAACAUCGGCGGCCACUGGAACCCCUUUGACGUGGACGUCGCGAGCUCGACCUACCCCUCGGGACCCGGAUCCACUCAUGACCUUUACGAGGUGGGAGAUCUCAGCGCGAAGCACGGCUUCCUGACUGGCAUGAGCGAGUUCGAGGGCUCCUUCGAGGACUGGAACCUGCCGCUGUUCAGGCAAAACAGCAUCGUGGGCCGGUCUAUGGUGAUUCAUGAACCAACUGGGGCGCGGUUCGCUUGCAGCUGCAUUGGAUAUCCUGGUCCGGUGAGAGUAGGCAGGGCAGUCUUCCAGUACCCUGUAGUGGGCACAGUUCUGCUGACCCAGCUUGCCAGUGACCCCGACGCAGACGUUUCAGUGUUUCUGGACCUCUCCUAUGGGAUGGCUUCUGCGCAGGCCACCCGGGGACACAACUGGCACAUCCACAUGUACCCCAUCAGCUCGGAGAUGGACGAGGACAGUGUCCGAUGUGGCUCCACUGGGCCACACUGGAACCCUUUCAACAUGAGCUUGACCGACGGCUUUUACGGCGCUAACUGCAAGCCUGAGAGCCCGUUUGCCUGUGAGAUCGGAGACGUCUCGUCCAAACACCGUCCGCUGGACCUGGGGCCUGAGGUGGGAGUCCUGGCUACCAAGAGCUUUUUCACAGACACUACCCUCUGGCUGUCUGGGGAAACGUCUGCCAUCGAUCGUUCGAUAGUGAUCCACGCAGCAAACGGCGGAGGACCCAGGAUCGCAUGUGCCAACCUCACCUUGAUGCACUUCCCCUCCGCAACCACCACAUCAUGGCACGGCAGCGGCACCGCCACGGGCAGCGUCCGCUUCUCCCUGGACUCCCCACAGGGCCCGACAAACAACAUUGUCUCCCUGUCCAACCUCGGCGGGAUCGUAGGGGGCUACCACGUCCACAUCCUGCCCACCGUAGGCGGGAGAUCACCCUGCUCCAAUGACAACGUUAUGGGUCACUUCAACCCUUUCUCCAUCGACACCGCCUCGGACCCAUCCCCCGGCGUGGGCACCACGGAUGAGUACGAGGUCGGGGAUAUGGGCGGGAAGUUCGGGCUGCUGACUGGCCAGACUGAGUUCCAAGGGCAUUUCAUGGAUGGCAACAUGCCACUGACGGGGCCCAACUGUGUGAUUGGCCGAUCGGUGGUUCUCCACCACACCAACGGAACAAGGUUGCAGUGUUCUGAUAUCGUCGCGGAGACUAGCUCUGGCGCGGAGUGGAUGAGGGCGAGGGCCACCUUCAGUGGAGCCGUCUCGGGAACCAUCACUAUGUCCCAGCUGUGCUUUCCCGAUAGUAGCUAUGGAGACACCAUGAUGGAAGUGGACUUGCAGAUGAACUCCAGACUCGAUAGCACUGAGGUGUCCUGGUUUUUGACGGAGCAUAGUGUCGGUGAUGAAAACACUAACUGCAGUCUGGCAGGCAGCACGUACAACCCCUUCAAUAUGACAGAGCAGAGUUCGACCUGUUCUGCAGACAGUCCUCUGAACUGCAUGGUGGGUGAUCUGACGGGCAGGCACGGCAACAUCAGCUUAUCCCACAGACAGCUCUUCCUGGACAGGAGCCUUCAGAUGUCUGGGGAUUUCACAGCCAUCUACAGGUCACUGGUCCUCCGUCAGGGAAAUGAUGUCAUUUCCUGUGCGGUGCUUCGUCCCAUGGUCUCUUACGCUCAGCAGGUCUUCCCCAAGGUCAACACAUUCAGCAGGUACGACUUCAGGUGGCGGGUUUCGAAUGUCCUCAAAGUGAACCUGGCGAGGGUCACCAUCCUGCCCGUGCCACUGGCAGUAGAGGGCAAUGGAAGCUGCCAACAGGUCAUAUUCGCAGUGUCAGGUAAUGUGAGUGCUGGUGCCCUGGAAGCCGUCAAAACAAGCCCCGACAUGGGACAGUUCCGGGAUACGCCCGCAUGCAGACGUAAUUCAUCGCCGGGGUCUUCUACUGCAGCCCCAACUCCAGCGCCAUCGUCUGGCAGUGACCGUUUACAUUCCUCCAGCAGGACCCUGCUGAUGGGCAAGGUUCUCUUCAUGAUGGCUCUCCACCGGAUGAGACAACUUUGAGAAUACCGCACACUGUAUUCGUAUUUAGCCACCGAAUCAGCUGAUUUACCACAGGCAGACAGAAUACCUGCCAGGACUUCUUCCUUUGUAUUCAUGCAUACAUGGAUGCUUUUAU